AUGUUGGCUGCGAUUGCGGCCGCUGUGUAUAUCGUCAGGAAGUACUGCUUCCCUACAAGCCUCUUCUGGAGUGAACUAAAGAAGGACUGUUCCACGCUCCCAGUGACAAUUUUUGUGAACAUCACUAUUUGUGAUAAGUUCAUUUGCCUCUUUAAGCCCAUCCGACGCCCCUGCCCCAAUCAAAACUGCCCUCUUGAUCAUUUUCCUUUUCACAUUCGGAGUGGGGCAGCCACUGCCAUCGGGCCAAAAAUCUGCUUCAAUGGGCAGGUUGUCAUGGGAGGAACCAAGAGUAACAUGGGGAGGGGUCUGAAUAUUGUGGUGAUUGAGGGUGAAACCGGGAAGGUUUUGAAAUAUGACUACUUCAACAUGUAUUCUGGAAAUCCUAAAGAGCUGCUGAACUUUUUGAAGACCAUUGUGCCGGGAAACAUCGUUCUCAUCGCUUCGUUUGAUGAUCCCGCGACAAAGUUGACAGACGAGAUCCGUGAUAUAUUUGAAGGGUUUGGGAGUAGUAUGAUCAAGUCGUUGAAGUUUCGGGACAGCUGGGUGUUUGCGGGGGCUCCUGGCCUGGAGGAGAAAAGUCCAUUUGAGAAACGCAUUCCAAAUGAUUCGAAGACAAAUGUGUAUGGGCAGUGGCCAGAGCUUGUGGAAAUGGAUGGCUGUUUUCCUCGCAAGAUCUGA